AUCCUGUCCACCUGCGUGCUGCUCACGCUGCUCAACGCACCGCCCAACAUGGCCAACAACGUCAGCACGCUCACCAACACACUCAAGUGCACCUCAGAGAGUGUGGUGUCCAGCCUGCUGAACUCCUCGGACGUGAUGAACGUGGUGAAGCAGGAGCUGAUCGGCGUGGUGGAGACGUACAAAGCCGCGUCCAGCUACGUCCAGAGCCUGCGCAGCUUCGACCACGUCACGCGUGUCAACGUCUCCAUGGUGACGCGGCGUUUCCGCGACACCGCCCGCCGUCUGAAGGAGGACUUCCUGCGCGCGCGGGGUCAGCUGACCUCGCUCAAGACCUACGCCCACCGCCUGCUGGCGGCCAUCUUGGUCCUGCACCUUCUCUUUAGCGCCGGACGCUACCUCCACGCCUACGUGACCGCGCUGGACUUCGACAACGUCUAUGUGACGCCCAGGCUGCGCCGGCUGGCGGCCGAGCGAGGGGUCCCGCUGACGGCCGGUCAGCUGCGGGACGGAGUGGACGCCACGGGCUACCGGCUGAGCCGGCGGGAGAUGUGGGAGUGUGUGCCGCCGCUGGUGCUGGUCACUCUGCACCUGCUGCUGUGUGUGGUGCUGGUGGCGCUGGACUUCCUGGUUUACCGAGUGGUCAGCGCCGGCCGGCCCUGGCUGCUGGACAUCCCCGACACCAACAUCACGCUCAGCGUCAACUACAAGAUACAUGUGUGUGUUCCAGGCGUGUGUCUGGUGGCAAACUGCUGUUCGGACGGUCUGGUGUUUAAUCGAACAUACCGCUGGCCCGUGCAUAUGGGGUCUGCUGUCUGCCGGACCUCAGCGUUGCCGUCGGCGCCGGAUAGAGGCGUUCUGCUCCUGCUGACUCUGCUGUUCAUGCUGAGCUACGUGCUGGCCGUCCUGCAGGUGUACGUGCGGAGGGUGCGGCGGGCCGUAGCCGCCUCCUUCUUCCCGCGCCAGGAGGAACGCCGUAACGACUUCCUGCUCCGCAAGCUGCUGGCCAAGCAGAGCGGGCGCGUCUUCACCAUAGCGACGGCAGACACGGCGAGCAGUGGAACUGAGAGGACGACGCGACAACAACAAACGCACGCGUAUCCGCCGCUGAGGCUGCAACUGCCACAACAUCCAAACAAACAGAAGCACAUCAGGAUGUGAGACUGCAACUCCUGCUGUACAACGGUGACUGUCUGACAGGCGUCCAUCUUAGAAACAUACAGCACCUCAUGGGAGGAACGAGGCCCUUUGCUGUCAGGGCUUUGUCCAUCCACUGCUCUGUGUUUGUGCUCUAGUGGGACCAGACUGAGUGUGUGUGUGUGUGUGUGUGUGUGUGUGUGUGUGUGUGUGUGUGUG